AAGUUGAUCACGUAUAUAAGUUCAGACUCGGUUUCAAGUGCUAUGCCAAUUUUCCUUUUGGAUUCGUUCGGAUUGCACGUCUUUCUCAGUUUCGGCUAGAGGAGUUUCUACUUAACAAUAGGUCACCUGAAAUUUAAGAAAAUGACUGCCUGGUUAAUUUUUAUAGUCAGCCUUCUGAUCACCGGAAGUACCACACUCGGAAAACCUGGUGGUUUCGGACAGGAGCACGUUCAUAUUCGUAUUCAUCUUCCCGAAAUUCAUGAAGAGUAUCAUCACCAAAAGGAAGUUGUUGUUCAUGGUCACGACCAUGGCCAUGGGGACAGUGGAGGAGAUGGUAUUCACGACGAUGGAGCGAUCAUUGGUGGAUUAGUGGGCGGCUUUGUUGGAGGACAUGGAGGAGGUCAUGGUGGCUUCGGAGGUGGUCAUGGGGGAGGAUUCGGCGGUGGAGGAUACGCUGGUGGACAUGGUUACAGCGCAGGACAUGUAGAAACGGUAGCCGUUGUCGAUAGUCACGGUGGAGGAUUUAGUGGUGGACAUGGCGGUGGACAUAGUGGAGGCUUCGGCGGAGGCCAUGGUGGUGGUUUCGGCGGAGGUCAUGGUGGUGGUUUCGGCGGAGGAUAUGGUGGCGGAUAUGCCGGAGGCUUUGGAGGACACGGUCAUGUUGAAACGGUCACUGUGAUUGAUGGCGGUCAUGGUGGACUCGGAGGUGGUCAUGGAGGAUUUGGAGGACAUGGUGGAGGUCACGGAGGCUUUGGAGGCUUAAGUGGAGGUUACGGUGGCGGCCAUGUCGAAAGUAUAGGCACAAUCGGUGGAGGACACGGCGGUGGUUUCGGAGGUGGAUUCGGUGGUUCCCAUGGCGGCGACAUCGGAAGUGGUGCAAUCGGCGGUGGAAGCUACGGUGGUGGAUACAGUUAUGGAGGCGGCCAUUCUGAAUCACUAGCAGUAGUUGAGAGUGGUCACGGUGGCGGAAGUGGCGGAGGUGGCUAUGGAGGCAGUGGAUUCGGAGGAGGUGUGGAACAUGUUUCUUUGACAGGAUCUGGUGGUGACCUAGGACAUGGUGGAAGUAGCGGUAUUGGAGGCAGCUUAGGUGCAGAUAUUGGAGGCGGCCAUGGUAGUUCCGGUUCAGGUGUAGAGCAUAUUUCUCUUACCACAGAUGGCGGGCAUGGAUCCGGAUUUGGCGCAAGUGGAGGUGGCGGCGGUGAUGGCCACUUUGGUGGUGAUAGCUAUACAGGAAUUGACAGCUACAGUGCCGGACAUGUUUCAGGAAUUCAUGAGGGCGGAAGUGGCGGAGGUGGAGGUUACUCAUACUCUAAGCCAUUAUUGCCAUUUCACCAUUGAUGAUCCCUCAUGCACAGCCACAUUUCAAUAAUCAUCUAUUUCUAGUCUCAUUUUUAACAGUAAGCUCAUCACCAAACUGUUUUUAUUUAUCGCCUUCAUUUUCUCCAUUGACUGAGGUAAAGAUUAACUCAGUGCAGUCAAUAAGUAGUCAUGUUAUCAUGACAUAGUUUUAAUGCGUUAAUUGUUAUUUUGUGUGUAAGACUUUGUUUUUACUAUUCAUUGUUAUAAAACAGCAUUAAUCUGCAAAAAAGUUCAAAUUGUGUUACAAC